AUGGCUGGCCUUGAAGAUUUGUGGUCACGGUUUUCCUUAACAGAGGAAGAAGAGGGCGGGGCAGAGGUGGUCCAUCAAGAACCGGUAGUAAUGCACCAGUUGGCUGGCAAGUUUUUCACUAAGCGCACUCUGAAUGUCGAUGUGGUGGCCCGUACAUUUAAGCCGUUGUGGAAACUUGCUGGUGAACUCAAGAUCCGAGAUAUCGGAGAGAGUAUUCCGUUGUUCGAAUUUGAAGAUGUUCUUGACUUGGAGAGGGUGCUGGAAUAUGAGCCAUGGUCUUUCGACAAGAGUUUGGUGGUUUUCAAAAAGGCGGCUGAUGUGGAGUCUAUCCCUUUCUUAGAGUUUGAUCAUGUCACGUUUCGGGUGCAAAUUCAUAACGUGCCUGAGAAAAGCUUGAAUCAUGAAACCGGUGAAACCAUUGGUAGAAAGAUAGGCUCAGUGCUCCAGGUUGCCGAUACAGAGGAUGAUGGAGCAGGCAGAGAGUUUUUGCGAGUUCGAGUUGCGGUUGACAUAACAAAACCUCUUCCACGCUGCUAUAAGUUGUGGGCUGAAGGAAAACACAUUGGCUGGGUUGGCAUCCGCUAUGAACGGUUACCCAAUUUUUGCUAUUGGUGUGGAAGGGUUUCGCAUGGUGAGAGGGACUGUGAGGUGUGGCUGAGAGGGAAAGGGAGAUUGAAAAGAGAGGAUCAACAAUAUGGGGAGUGGAUGCGGGCUGAAUAG